AUGUUGGGCUGUGUGGAGGACUGCUGUGUGGAGGACUGCUGUGUGGAGGACUGUUGUGUGGAGGACAGUUGUGUGGAGGACUGCUGUGUGGAGGACUGCUGUGUGUGGAGGACUGCUGUGUGGAGGACUGCUGUGUGGAUGACAGCUUCCUGGAGGACUGCUGCGUGGAGGACUGCUGUGUGGAGGACUGCUGCGUGGAGGACUGCUGCGUGGAGGACUGCUGUGUGUGGAGGACUGCUCUGUGGAGGGAGGACUGUUGUGUGUGGAGGACUGCUGUGUGGAGGACUGCUGUGUGGAGGACUGUUGUGUGCGGAGGACUGCUGUGUGGAGGACUGCUGUGUGGAGGACUGCUGUGUGGUGGACUGCUGCGUGGAGGACUGCUGCGUGGAGGACUGCUGCGUGGAGGACUGCUGCGUGGAUGACUGCUGUGUGGAGGACUGCUGUGUGGAUGACUGCUGUGUGGAAGACUGCUGUGUGGAGGACUGCUGUGUGGAUGACUGA